AUGGCGAUAUGGCCUUUUGGUCGCAAAAACAAGCGGCAUACGAUCCAGCUAGGUGCGCCGGAUGCCGCAAAUUUGAAAGCGUCUUACGAAAAUGGCCCCAGCUUCGUCGACUCCUCAGUGGGCAGAAAGCCGUCCCGUAAACAGUCCAAGCGUCAAAAAAACCGCCAUUCACAGCCUAUCGAAGAUACCUCGAGUUCCUUCCGAGAUGAAUCCAUUCAAGCAGCAGUCCAACCGUUACACCCAUCAUCGUUAGACCGUGAGCAAGCCUACCCCGUCAAGAUGCUGCCAAAGUUACACUCCCAAAUAGACCGAGCUCCAGAGUCGUAUAUCUCUCAUCCUGGUGCAGACCACAACCAGCAAUCUUCGAUCUCUCGGAACGGCUCGCUAUUGAGGUCCAAGCAGAACGAUAAGGGCCCCGCGGUCCUGAAGAAGAAACUGAGCAAGCGGAAGGCAUACGAAAUUGCACGGGAGCAAGAGAUCCGGCUAAUGGCCUCAACCCCCAUUGACAUACCUUGGCGGCCCGGUACACUGCCAGGUGAGAGAAUCUCUGUCGAGACACGACGAGCUCCUAGAGCUCAUAGCCGGCGGUCCGACCGCCAUCUCUCUGAUAUUAGUUUACCUGUGCGCGAUUCCGCUGCCUCGUCUGUAUCCGAUUUCUCUGAAUCGUAUACUUUCAAGGUCAACAGUCUGGCUGCCUGGACCCCUCGUCCCAUCAUUCGAUAUGUGGAAGCGCCGCGCAGCUCGGCUGCCAAAAGUCAGAAAUCAGCCGAGGUACCAAGCCGCAAGGAGAACGCCCUCAAUUUGUCCAUUUCAGAAGAGGAAUUGUACUCGAAGCAGCGCGUGGACGCAUUGGCUGAUAGUCUUGAUGCAAGUGCAUUGCGCGAGCUGCUUGAGAGAGAUCGUCGCCGAAAGGAGAAGCAAAGGAUUGAAGAACAGGAGAGGCUGCGUCGCAAAUUGCAACGUCGCGCAGAACGCCAGCGGAGGGAAGAGGAGCAGGAAGAUGAGUCUCAAUGCCAACACGCUGACGACCAAGGAUCGUCCGCUAUCAACCGAGGCCGGGCCACCGUCGAGAAGAAUGCUGAAUCUACGCCCGCAGGUAGUGGGACUAUGUCCAAGAAUGAUGAGACAAAAACUUUUCUUUCUGGCGACACCGCUGGCUCCUGGUUGCGGGAUGCUUCGAAGGAGCGAAGUCGUCAUGCAUCUUUUGAGAGUGUCCACGUCGUUGGCAACCUCGAUGACAGCUCUGUUACAAAGUUCAAGUUAGCUGAGCGUCCGAGUUUUACCCCGUCGCACGACAUGGGAAUGUCACACACCACCCUGUCGCCGUCUCCAUCCAGGCAUGGACUGAGCAGUCCCACUUCCUCCCAGGUAUAUGGCAUAGCUCGAGAAUCCACAUCGGAUGUUUCAAGAACGGUUGAAUCCGAAAGACGUCUGUCCGACCAUAGCAGCACACGGGGUGGUGCUUUGGCUUCAUUGUUUCGACGCGGCAGCUCUCGUCUCAAGCGGAGAUAUCGCGAACGUUUCCAUGACCAGUCUUCAGAACUAUCCAAUACUGUCAACUCAGUCAUCCGGGCCCCGCCGUACGCUCCUCCAAAACCAUUCCUUCGUCCUGGCGUCAUCAAACGGUCUCAGUCCAAAUUCACUGAACACUUUGGCGAUGAGCCUCUGUCUCCCCCAGAUUCGCGCCUUCAAUCCCCUGAAAUUCCGGAGGAGCCCUCCGAUCGAUUUGGAAAAGAAAAUGACACGCUUAAUCUGCCUGUGGAAUCUCACUAUCCAAUUCCUGGCUCGGAAUCUGACUUCCAGGAUGCGAGCAAGAUCCCCCAUCGCUCGUGGGGUGGUGAAAGUCUAGAGGAGGGUGUGGACAAUGUGCCAUUAUCACAAUCACUAGCGUCAAUUGAUUCAGAAGGAUCUUGGAUGUCAGGGCAAUUUCUGCGCCGCAUUUCCCAGAGGAAAAGCAAUCUGAUCCAGCGCAGUACCAGUUUGUCUCAUAACCACACCGAAGAAGGGCACGAGGACUCGGUCAAGGGCGACGCAAUGCCUCAAAAAGAGCACUUUGUUCGAUUCGAGAGCGACUACGAUGACACUGAAGGACCAAGCAACAGCGUCCUUGGCGACCAGGAGAAGGAUUCCAACGUCCGCGCGUCAUCGCAAGAUGAAACCUGGCAUUCAGAGAUUGCUAAGAGGCCCGUUGUCGUGAAUCCAACAAUUCGGCCCAAGUCAACCGAAGGCCUUCUGCUGAGGUCGAUCCAGUCACUGUCCCCCAUAUCUGCCGACGAGGAAGUCAGUCCUAUUGAAGAACAUCCAUCCGAACAUGAAUACAUGCACGGUGAGGGUCAUGGACACGCAUAUUGAGUCAUGUCCUGGCCCGGGCCUUGAGAGCUCACAAUGGUACGACGAAGCAGCGUCAACCGACGAGCCCGCAGAAAGGUCAAGCAAUUACACGGUAUACCCUAUUUUCUGGAUCUAUCUGAUCUAUCUGCUAUAUUGAGUGUUUAAUACGUUGUUCAUGAGUACAUACUCUUGCCGCUCCUUACCUUUCCUUUGUUUUUCUUAUGUAUAGAUAUUUCCCGGUCCCCAAGUAGUCUUUUUUUGCCAACACUUGACGUGGCCAUGGCAGCCUUACAGGCUUAGUGGAGGUUUUGAGUUAGAUACUUUGUUUGUUGAUACCCCCAAGGAGUGCGAGUUAGUUGAAUGCGCCUCGAUUGCAAAUUAACAAUGUCCGUGUGAGUUUGGGAUUUGUGAUUCUAAAUAGACUCGGAAGAUACAGAUGUCAAUUAUACCCAGGAUAUUCCCACAUGACACAUACCGC